AUUCCAUUCAUAAUUCAAGUGAAUCCAAACAAGCACAAAUACAACACUAGCUAUAGUUAGAGUCUAAAGAGAAUUAGAGAAAUGGAACUUCAAGACACAGCAGCAGCUAAAAUAACCAUUGGUCUUCCAUUGGGUUUAGCACUUCUAUUUGCUUGUUUACUCUUCAUUUGUGUCUUCUUUUGUUGCUUAUUACAUUGGAAUAAGCUCAAAUUUUUCUUUCCAUAUUCUUCUGGGGUUAUUAAUUCUCAAGCUCAGAUACAAACUGACUUAACUUCCUCUCCUCAGAAACCAGCAUUUCCUUUUGUGAUGAUGAAGCAGACCUAUGCUGAGAGCUUGCCUGUGUUGAUGCCAGGAGAUGAGAUCCCAAAAUUCAUAGCCAUGGCAUGUCCAUGUAAACCUCCAACAGAUGAAAGUAUCACAAUCCAUGUGCACAAGGAAGAAACAAAUGAUUUUCACAGUGAAAAUCCAUGUUAAAGAGGUGUUGAUUACUUUAAGGUAAUUUAGAUAUCGAUCAGACUCGUUUAAAGUGAACAACUCGCUUUACAAAGUAAAGGGAGUAAUAUCAGAGUUAAUUAAUGAUUGAUAUUGUCCGCACAUAUAUAACAAAAUCAUGUGCGGUUAAAAUAUCGAUCAUUGAUUUUCUUGUCUUAGAUAAAUACACUUUUGAUGGACCUUUUCAAUUUGUGGUGAGUGAGAAUAUCUAGUACAAGGACCCCCAUUUUAUUUUUUGGUCAGAAUGGGAAGAAAAUGGUUGGAAUAUUAACCAUCUUGUCUUAAUUUGUUAUUUGUUUGUGCCUCUUUUCCUAGUACAAGGACACUUUUACCUUCUCCUUUUAAGUCUAAGAAAACAUGAUUGAUGCCACUAUCUGAAUGUAUCAUCAUUCCACAGCCUUGUAAUAUAAUUUGUAUUUCAAUUUUUUUUAAUUUGACAUGGCCUUUUGAUUUUUCUUCUAGUAA